AUGAGAGAAACGUCAAACACCAUCUCCCUCGUCCGAACGCGCUUGAAAACGCUCAGGAACAAAGAUGUGCAGGUGGAGGCCUCGCUCGCUGCCCUGCCUACCCAGCGAAAGUUGAGACCCUUGUUGUGCGACUUGGAGGAGCAGUUCAAGAAGCAUGCGGGCCAUGAUCAGGCCCUAGAUCAGAAGGAGCUGGCGGAAAUCUGGAUCAAGGCAGCUGAAGUGAAAGUAGGCAAAGUCUCGCCGGAGGAAGCUGCCUUCAUCGAGCAAAGUACUCAGGAGUAUUUUCAGAUCAUGGACACGGACAAGUCCGGAAAGGUCACCUACGAGGAGUUCGUGGCCGGCAUGCUUGGUGGGAACGAAGAUGUCGGUCAUAUGAGACAGUUGCGCAAACAUCUCAACACCAAGAUGAAGGACGAUCCCAAGCAACUGCAGAAGAUCGGAACGGCCCGUGCCGACCAGGACAAGAACGGUGAUGGCUAUGUGAGCCGUGAGGAGCUUGAGGCCGGUGGCUUGGGGAGGCUUCGAAAGCUUGCGAUGGAGGAUGGAACGAUCAGCAAAGAUGAGAAGAAACAGAUGGAUGAGGUGCAAAAGAUGAUCAAUGAGAUGUUCUCGAAUGCAGAUGCAGCGCUGCCCAGCCGGAGGGCUGUGCUACGAUGCACAUCCACUAAGUUCAUCGCAAAGCUCACGGUCAAGGAAUGUUUGGCUGGCUUGGAUGGAAUGCGUGUGGCGUUGAGUGAGGAUGACAAGAUCGCCAUGCAGGAAGCUCAGGGCAGCUCAGAAUUAAUGGACAUGAUCCUCAGCGGCGAGAAGAAACCAGGCAGAAAGAAAAUGCAGCAGAACACCGAUGCCGAUGAGGGCGCUGCACCAAGCAAGGCUUUCCAGUUCAUGCCUUCGUCGUUUGGUGCAAGCAAAGCUGGAGCUCGCAACAUUCAGCGUUGCAUGGAGGAUUUGCUGAAUCUGUACAGGUUAAGCUUCCCCCUGCAGAACAUCUUCGACGAGCAUGGCAAUGUGAAAAGCACAGGAGUGGCUUGGGAGGACACGGUGAAGAGAUCACCAGAGUUCUUCUCGAGCUACUUUGGUCAUGCGAAGAAGGGCGACAGGUCAGCGCUGAUCUUCAAGCACCUGGAGGACAUCAAGCGUGCUUUGAUGGAGAAGCCUGCAAGAAAGCAUGGUUUCUUCAAGCUGCUGUCCGAGAUCCCCAAAGGAUCUCGGAUGAUGAACGACAAUGUCGAGAUCUUGCUCUACGACAUCUCCAAGGGUAUGGCCGCGAAGCUCGGUCCGCUGCUCUUGGGGAAGAGCGCCGAGGCGGUCCACACCGGCGUGUUGGUCUAUGGCAGCGAGUAUUGGUAUGGCAUCGGCCUCAAUGACAGGGAAGAUUCGACAUCUAAGACCUUCGGCAGCCCUUCAGACCUCUUCGCCCUCGACGCUCGAGGUGGAAAGCUCUUCCGGAGCGACCCUCCCUGCCGCAAGCAGUUUGGCGAGCCGCUGACGAACCCCUGGGGCAUCCAGUUGGAGAGGUCGGAGCAAAGGCCGGACCUCCCCGUGGUCCGCCUGGGCUACACCUUCGUCACCCACGAGGAAUUCGUGGGAUGGCUCCAGGCGGAGGUUAAGGAGAGAUACACUGGCCUUCACACCUAUGACCUUCUCACGCAUAGCUGCAACCACUUCAGCAAUGAGGUAUGUACUUUCCUGCUGGGCCAGGGGAUCCCUGAGAAGAUCUUCGAACUUCAGAAGACCUUCCUCUCGGGUCCCAUCGUCGCGCUGCGACCCUUUUUGAACCGCUACCUGGGCGGGUUUGCUGAUCACCAGAAAGAAUUAGAUGAGAACUUCAUGGCAAAGGAUGGAGAGGUGGAGGGUGGUGCCACCGCCGAAGACUUGAAAGCAGAGAUGCUGGGCAGUGGCGAUGUGGUCCUCGUGGAGGGCGUGGAUGGCAUUCACGGCGCUGUGCUGGCCACCAUUCUCAAGGAAGAGAAGGGCAAAUGCGAGAUCAAGUACUUUGACCCGACCGAGCACCGGAUAGAGACCAUGUUCCCUGGUUCAGCGAGCGAUUGA